AAGUACUUAUUUAUCACUCAGUUUCCCCGUUGGAGGAACCCGCCGGAAGAGAAACGAGAUGAUACCGUCGCCAAUGAUCUUCUUCCUCCUGGGGACGGCUAUCGCCCAGGGGAAAGAAAACGAUACGAACCAACUCAGUACAGACGGGCUGGGAAAAAUAUUGGCUGUUGGAGACUCUGGGGUAUCGGCAGAUGUUGAUGUUAUUUCGAACAUAACUAUCAAGGAAGACGCAACGUGUUCAUCCAUUGCUCUUGAAAAGCCAAUCACCGAUAUAUCUGUAUCAAGAAGCUGCUGUAAUUUCGGAACAGAGCAGUGCUGGUAUUUCUACAAUGGCGUAUGCAUGACAAAAUGGGAAACCGGUUCUUGCGACUACACGGUCGACAAAGCCUGUGAUCUCUGGGGCACUGGCUGGCCCUGUACCUGUUGUGGUUCUUGCGAUACACCCUUCCAGGAGAACAGCUGCUCGGCGGCGGGAAACACUUGUCGGAGGAAAUGCUACAAGCAUGAGUAUUUUGCUUGGUGGCACAGCUGUUCGCAUGAUCAUUGCAGGUGCUGCAGAAAAUACUGCCAGCAAGAGACUUGUGCCGAUGGGCGGGGCCGUUGUUUACACAAAUCAGAAAAACGCCCCAGAGGUUGGUACUUUUACGGAACCUGCGAGGGCCUUGACUGCCGGUGCUAUGUUCCUUGUUCGUACAGUCGUGAAUGCAAUAUCAAAGGAGGUUUUUGUGAGUGGAAGAAAGCCAUAUGUCCCUUGGGAUAUACACAACACAGAUGCAAGUGUGAAGAGGACUCAUGCAAGUGCUGUAGUAAAAUUUCUGUCAUGGACCCAACCUUCCGUGAUUCCCGUCCCAUCAAGAUAGAGUCAAGCAACCACAUGGAGAUCGACUUUGGAGGUGGUCGUAUAUACGGUGAAUCCGCACCUGAGGCCAAGAAUGGAGACGAGGUGAAAGGUCAAGCACUUCAAGAGCAAUAUGCCAAGGAGGCCGAUGCUGCCGAGGAAUCCGAAUCUGGACCUAUGGAUGACGAAAGUGACCAUAGCAAAUGAUUAGCCCAUGCAUAGUC